GUGGAUAAAGACAAAUGAGAGAGUGAAAAAGGGGCCAGUAUGCGAACCAGAGCGUUGCUAUUUUUCUACACUAUUUGUUUGCCUCUCAUCCAUACUUAAUGACGGAUAAUUAGCGUAUACCCGCGAACGUAAGGUUGGUUCUUUAUAAUCAAAGAGAGAGCAUCGGGAUUUGUUAGUAAGCGUGACUUACAUCAGAGUGUGCACGGUCCCGUACUUGUGGAGGACUGAGGAGGACAGCACUUGGGCUGUUUGCCUAGAAGCGCUGACUGCCGAGCCAGGACUAUUGAAGACCAUGAGACGCCUUUCUAACCGAGGCCACAUUACCGUGGUUUGGUGAAGUAAAGAUUCUGUUUUAUUUUUCUCUCUUGGCACUUCUUUUUCGUGUUUGACUCAUUGUGGACCAUUACCGGAAUUUAAAAACACGUUCUAGAAGCGCAACGGAGGACUUUCUGUCUGAGUUCACCAGCAGAAAAAAAAAUCGACAAAUUCAAUAACUACAGCAAAACUAUGUAUCAAGGGAGGCUUUGAUUGAAAUGGAGACAAUGGAUAUAUAACACACGCAUGUGUCAUACGGGCUCAACGGUUAGCGCAACUCUGCAGCCGUCGCAAUGGCAACUUUUGCCGGUUUAGCACAGAGCGCCUACAAACAUCUAUGGCCCUUCGGCUGCAUAGUUAUGUUUUUCAGCUAUUUAUGUAUAGCCUCCCCUGCUCACGGCCGCCGAUUAAUAUGCUGGCAAGCUAUUUUGAACUGUCAAAAUGAAGCAGACUGUUUGUAUGCGUAUGAACAGUAUAUAUACGCAUGUGAACCUAUAUUGACCGGGCAGAGGAGGAAGUGUCCAAGUCACUGCAUCUCCUCCUUAGUGCAACUCAAUCUUACCAGAAACGGGCCAGCCCUGGAGGACUGUAGCUGUGACACAGAUGAAAGAUGCAAGAAGACCAAACGCGCUAUCGAGCCUUGCCUGCCUAAAACCAGCAACAUGGGGUGCACAGAAGCACGGCGCCAAUGCGAGAGAGACACCCAAUGCCGAAGCGCCAUGGGUGAUUAUUUAAUCCACUGUGGUAAACUUUUCAGUGGAGCAAUCUGUACGAACGCUUGUCGAAAUGUGAUUGCUCAAAUGCGAAAGAUACCCAAGGCUCAAAGCUUGGAUACCUGCGUGUGCGAUGGAACCGAAAGGACUAUAUGUGAGUUCAUUAAAGUUAAUAUGAAAAACCUUUGCUUCGACUCACCACCUUUGGAUGACGAGGGUGGUAGUGGAGACCACGACGACGACGACGAAGAUGUUAUUGACGAAGACCUCAUCAGGAUUCCUGAAGUAGACACUGGUUGCUCACUGAGUGCGCAGAGUGUUUUGACUCUGGUGGCAUCCAUCUUGGUUCUUCUGCCGUUUCUCUGAUGCACAAGUGAAUUACUUGCUCAGACUGUUGUUGUCUGGAGGGGAUGUGUCUUGUCUUCAAAUAUACAACUGUCUAAUGCGUUCGGUUCCAAAGAGUAGACUGCGUAGUCAGCUUUCUAAGACUGGUUGCUCAAAUAUAAGUUUAUGCGGUGGGGUUAACUUCCAACACGCUGUGAUUGUCUAUGCAAGUGUAACUGUUUUGGCCCAGGGAAAACAUGCCUUGUCAGUAUGUCACAGUAUUUAUUUGAACGCAAAUGGUCUGAUAUCACAAUAACGACGUGGCUACCAAAUACUUAAGCUUGGUCUAACACUACUGCCUUAAAGUAUACUAGAGGUUUGUGUCAUCUACGUGUUUGUGUCCUAAGAGAAAGCGUGUAGCUUGCAUUUGUCACAUUGAACACAAAUGUUGCCUUGGACAAGUGUGUGCAGAAAUUAUUUUAUUUUGAUUGGCUACAUAGAGAUUUAUCAAUGCAAGUUUUAAUCAUAAGGCUGUGCACUGCCAAUAUGGGACUAGUGUUUUAAAAAGAAUAUGUAUUUUUAUAUAAAGUUGGCGUUGAUUUUUAAGUGGCCAAGUGGCAUCUCUUUAGUCUAUUAAAUGCUGGAAUGAAUUACAGAUAGAUUAAAAAAUCCAUUUAAGGUACAAUAAAGUCAUCUAUAAAUAUAUGUUGUAAAAAGAAAUCACUGCACACAUAGUGUACCAAACAGUGAAAGAAAAAAGAAAAAAAGUAUUCCGGUUGUAAAGGGAAAGUAGGUAUUGGUGUAUUAUUUUCCUUAAAAAUACUGUACAGUGUAUUAUAUAGAUUUUCAGAGAAUCUUUUAAUUAUGUUAUCAAAGAUGAAUUAUUCACUGUGUAGAAAUGUCUAAAUCCACUGUAUGACUGCCUCAAUGAUGUACUUUUAUAGAAGGCAUAAAAGAGAAAUGACAGAAAUCUA